AUGGAGGUCAACUUCAGCCUCGGCUUCAAGAGCCCGUGCUUCUUCACGAUGCUCAACCUCGCCGGGUACCAGAUCCCUCUCCUCGAGCGCAGCGUCGUCGAGUGGUGCGAGCGCAUCGUCGCCGUGCUCAACAAGGAGCGCUCCGAGGGCACGCUGGACGCCAUUGUGCAUGCGCAGCUCGACUCGACGAGGCGCCCGCUCUUCGCCGUCAAGAUGGUCUCGAGCUUUACCAACGAUGGCACGUCGUCGCCGCGCAUCAUGCUCGGGUCGGAGCAAGGCGCCGCGGUCACGCUCACGCACGAGAUCGCCGUCGCCCUCGUCGACGCCAUGAUGAGCGCCGAAGCGCCGAUUAGCGCGAAAGACCUCGCGACGACCAAGCGCCACAUUGCAGAGCUUCAGAAGCGCAUUGCCAAGGCCGCACCCAACGACAAGGUGUACGCGAUGAUUGCAGAGCACGCCAUUUGGCUUGAACUGUGUGCUACGAUGUGGGGCUUUGCAUCGGCGACGCCCGUCGACAUCGUCGCCGAGGGCUUCCUUUCCUACUCGACUCCGCAGCGUCCAACGCCGACGGCGCGCUGGUGUGUACUGGAUGGUGCGCGCCAUACGCUCACCAAGUACGAGAGUGCCAAGCGGACGGUGCUUACAUUCACCGCCGACUCUAUGGAGGACCGCGCCCGCUGGGUCGACGCGCUCACCCGCAGUUCGCAUGGGCUUGCGUCCGGCAUCUCCAAGCGCAUGGCCCACCGCGGUGUCUUGAACGGGCAGUAUGUGCUCGUGCGGGAGCUUGGCCGCGGCGCGUCCGGUAUCGUGUACCUUUACACGUGGCACGGCAAGCCCUGCGCCGUGAAGCGGCUUGCAGCGUCGCACAAGCGGGGGCAGCCGCCGGGCACGUUGCCCGACGACGCGCGGCGCGAGAUUGCAAUUUUGCGCAAAGUGAGCAACCUUCCGCACGUCGUGUCCCUCUACGACGUCAUCCACGACAGCGCCAAUGACUGCGUGUACUUGGUCAUGGAAUUCCUUGGCGGCGGCCCGAUCGCGUCGUACGACAAAACCACGCAGCGCUUCCACACCAAACACAUCAUGGGCGAAGGCGACUUGAAGCGGCUCUUGCGCUGUGCGUCCGUCGGACUCAAGUACCUCCACGCCAAUCACCUCGUGCACCGCGACAUCAAGCCCGACAAUCUCCUCUUGACGGACGACGGCCGCGAGUGCAAGCUGGCGGACCUUGGUGUCGCACACUUCUUUCCACCACCCACGUCGGUGCAAGGCGACGUAUCGACGGAGGGCGACGACGAUGACAAGGCCGCGGCGGGGUCUGCACCCGGCAUGCUCAUCAACACCAAAGGGACGUACGAGUUCAUGUCGCCCGAAGCUCUCUCGGGCGAAGAGUAUUGCGGCUACGCGGCCGACAUUUGGGCCCUCGGCGUCACCUUGUAUGCGCUCGCCGUGGGGCAACUUCCAUUCCAAGCACCGAGCAUCCUUGCGCUCUUUGAUGUGAUUGCGACUGCACCGUUGACGUUUCCCACAGCCAACGCCAUGUCGCCAUCGCUCACCGACUUGAUCACGCGCAUGUUGGCGAAAGACGUCGCGCAGCGCAUGACCUUGGACGACGUCCUUCUGCACCCGUGGCUCUCGACCGGCGCGACAAAGCAGUACCUCCACCAAUCCACCGUGGCCCUCGGCGAGGUGAGCAUCGAUGCUGCCGACAUGUAUGGCGCGGUCUCCCCGCUGCAGCUCAAAUUCAAUCAACUUCGGGAGAGCGCGACUGCAUCCGAGGACCUCGCCCUAUGGAGCGUUCUAUCGCCAGCGACAUCCUCUGCGAAAGCCCAUUCUACGAGCCCGUACACGCCGAGCCCCAUUGACAUUGCCAACGUGCCGUUGCCGCCGCGGCUUCGCGUUGAUAUUGCGUGGCUGGCGCAGCAGGUGCACUUUGCAUGGUGUACGACCAAGACGCUCGAGGGGUGGCGCGCAGGGCCCGAACGAAACGAAGACGAGAAGAUCCACCCGCUCCUCGUGCCAUACCAGCACCUCGACGACGCUGCGAGAACUCGGAAUUUGGCGUCGGUCACGGCCUCGGUGCAGUGCAUAUUGGCCCUCGGCUAUGCGUUGCGAGCACAAAAGACAUCGGCGCCAGCGCGCUUGUUUCCGCUAUCGCUCGAGCGCAUCUCGCUCUCUGGCGACUUGGUCAUUCUCGGUGACCUCCUCGCAGAGAACGACCACGAGGUGUGGGCCCACGAGUACAUGGCGCUCGGGUGGAAGUAUGGCGCGACGUAUGACCCAGAGCGCAAGACGCACCCGUCGCUUGUGCCCUUUCCUGAGCUGCCGGCUAGUCAGCGCGAGGCGACUCGCAACGCGGCGCUCGUUGUCAUCAAGAGCCUCGUCGCGCUUCAGUACUCGAUCCAGCACAACCACGCCAAGUACAACCACGAGUCGUCCAAUCAGCACGUCGAGCACGUGCGCUAAGGCAAGGACGCCUUGUAUCAAUAAUCUACGAAAACGCACCGAGUAACCC